CGCGUUGUGAAGAUGGGUGUUGGGCGAGUGGUCGAAGUGGCCCAGUCUCUGGUGCAGGGGUUUGUGGCCCUUUUGAGUGCACCGGCCCACAUAGUGCUGGUUGGGCUGGACUCCUCUGGCAAGACCACAGUUCUCUUUCGACUCCGGUACGGGCAGUACGUCAACACCACGCCCACCGUGGGAUUCAACUGUGAAAAAGUGAAGUCCGGCGGCGCCCACUGGCUGGUGUGGGACGUGGGCGGCGCCGAGCGCGUGCGGCCGCUGUGGCGCUCGUACACGAGGGCCACGGACGCUCUGGUCUUCGUGGUGGACUCCAGCAGCAGCGCCGAGCGCGUGGAGGAGGCCCGUGUGGAGCUGCAGCGGCUGAGCAAGCAGCAGGUGGCCGAGUGCGUGGCCCACAACAGGCCCCGGCCGCCCCUGCUCGUGCUGGCCAACAAGCAGGACCUGCCCGGGGCCAGGGAACCCCAGCACCUGGCCAAGGCCCUGGGGCUGCCCGACCUGCCCGAGUGCCAGCCGUGGGCCGUGGCACCCGCCUGCGCCGUCACCGGGGAGGGCCUCGACGAAGCCAUGGCGGCACUGCACACGCUCGUCCUCAAGACCAGAAAACAGCAGAAGAACAAAAAGUGAGGCGGUGACAGGCGGGCGCCGACGUGACCUUCGUAUACAGGUCAAACGGUCGUCAUAAUGUUCAUAAUGAGGUGACUUGUGUGACCUGGUCAACCUAAGACUGGUUGGUCGCUGGGGACGCCGCCAGGUCAGAUGCGGCCGGUCACGUUUACCUGAGACGACUUGCAGUUACGUGAGAAUCAUUACCAGCCAACGUGAAUAAUGGUCUCCAAUACGACGCAUAAUCUCACUGCUUAUGAAGACCAAGAAAGAGAUAACGGCCGCUAUUAGAUGACGUCAACAAGUGUGAAGAAUCAUACGAAUAAAUGCUGCAAAUUCAGCUUAAUAUGCAGAAAUAACAUGGUUCAGAAUUCUCGCGCAGAAACGGAACCAAAUAAGUGUCCUCGAAGUGCCACUCCAGAAGCAGCGAUCAGACACUUACACUUGACCGAGACUGUAAGUGAUCUUGAGGAGCAGCUUCUCACCCUUCAAGCGUCAGCACUUGUCGCCAUCGGUAUACGCCUGAGCCAGCUCCACGAAACAUCAUUAUAACGUAGAGCUCCCGGACUCAACAAGAGUAUAUCGUCUUCUUGUCUUCAAGGAGAAGAAAAAAGAAGGAAAAUAAAUAGAAGAAGGGGAAGUAGAAGACAUAGAACAAAGUAGAAUAAGCAGGAACAGAAGAAGAAGAAGAAGAAAACGAAG